AUGGACUCGGAAAACAACAUGCCCGGUGUCAACGGAGAAAUCAAGAAAGAUGGUGUCGAAACCGUCGACGAAAAGCGCGAUCUUGGCGCAAAACCAAAGAAGGUCGACGAUAAAAGCUCUAAGACUCGAAGGACGUCGGAAGUUCCGAGUUUAGACGCAGAAAGACAGUGUUUGGUUCAGCGACCGACAGACCAGCAAUGGCGUAAGUCGAUGUUUUUCUUCGUUUUGUAUCACAUGUUGGAAGACUUUUCUAAUUUACAAUUCACUUUUUCGGUAGAUGCCGCUGAAAUUAUACACGUCAGACCAGUGGAGAAUGGAAAAACUGAAUAUUACGUGCAUUACCACGGAUGUAAGUGUUAUUAAAACUUGUACGAAACCACAGUUUUGAGACUUUCGUUUAUCUAAGUCUUAUUUCCUCGGAUUUUGUUUUGUUCGAGAUCGUUUGGCGACCACUACUAAUAGCAUUACGCAUUAUUGGAAGUAGUGAAAUGAAAUUAGUCAAUAGUUAGUAUUUGUACUUUCUUUUGACUGAACAACCUAAAAUAACAACUUUAAGCUUAUAACUUGAGCUAAUAUUGAACGGUUCUUCAUGCAGAAAUGGCAUGUUGCAUUUCAAAACUCUUGACAGCGUAUAUUAGUGCUUGCCCUUUCAAUGGCGGCAAGCAAUUUCAGAGUUUCUUUGUCAAGUAGUCCUUUGAAAUAAUUGCUUGAAUUCUAGAAUAAAUGGAAUUUUUCCAGUAACUGACACAGCUGGGCUUCAAAAUUGUGAUUAAUUGUGACAGGGAAUUGGUAUUUUAGGCUACUUGGCCAGAGGUAUAUCAUGUGAAUAGUGUCCUGUAUUUAGACAGGAUCAGGGUUUACAUUGUCCAUACCAGUGUAUGGCAUGUUGUGAGUUACACUGGCCAUAGAGAUUUGGAUGAAAAUGCCAUUUUAAGCUUAGUCAAGCCACCCCAACUACCCAAAGGAUAUUGUUCACAAGGCAAGUUUGAUUAGGCUUUUGUUCCUGAUGACACAUUUCACCUUUGUAAGUUUAGGAAUGCACAAUGCCUCGAACAGUUUGGAUGAUCCGCCUGUGACCAUACUUGUCACUAUCCAGGUCUUGGUAUUGCUUCUGAUUUUCAACCAAUCAGAAGCACUACCCAGAUCUUAUCGGUCAGAAAUGGUCAGUAUGGAAUUUCUUUGCUUGUUUCUUAGACGUCAAAUUGUGGGCAAACCACAUUUUUUUUUUUAUUCAACCAAAAUGUUAAUGAUUACUAAGCCAGAUGCAUGUCCUUUUGAGAAAGAAAAAUUACUGGCAGCUCUGUUAUUCAGUCCAAUUACAAUGUGAUUACCAUUCUUGUUUGUUUUACCUUAGUCAAUAGACGUCUGGAUGAGUGGGUGCCUAUGGAAAGAGUUGAUCUUCAACAGAAAGAUGACAGUGUUCAUGUUCCUAUUUUGGAAGAAAAAGUUGAUAUUGAUGGGCCCGAAAGAAAACUGACAAGAAACCAGAAACGUAAACAUGAUGAGAUCAACCAUGUCCAAAAGGUAUUUAUUAGAAAUAUGAUGUUUAGUAAGCUGUGGGAGUUUUAAGUCUAAUUAACCCAUUCGCUCCUGGAGAUUUUGCCGAAAAACGCGUUUUGAAGGUAGUUGAGUGGUUUUCUGGUCACUGUCGUGCUAUAAAGAGUUAAAACUUACCACAAACUGGUUUGCAGGUCGUACACUUCGCGGCCUUCUGAUCCAGAUGCAAAAUAUCAGCUUGCGAAGUUCGGGCAUGCGCAGAAGGCAAAAUUUCGAGAUAGUUUUUGGGUUUUAAAGUGACACAGCAGUCUUGACUUUUACUUUUCGCUUUCUCUCCUCCCUUCUUUUUUCGCUUUUCUUGCCUCAUUUUUUUUUUUCUCUUGCUGGGCAUUUAGUAGGCUUCAUUUUGGUGGGAAUAGUUUUUAGGAAAACUUUUAGGAUCUUAGGAUUAGGUGAAAGGAAAGGUAGGUGAGUAAUGGAACAAGAUUUUCAUGGAGAUUUUCGUGUCAGUGUCACAUGGUUUUUUACUUCUUUCUCCGGUGUCCUUGACUGAAUUGUGCUCAUUCUUGUAUGGUUUGAAAGAUCUCUUCACUCUGCGCAAGUUAGCGAAGAAAGUUGUCCUUGACCGUUAAAACUGAUGACGUCACAAAGGGUAGAAAGGACCUGGAUCCGCACAGGUGGUUACGGGCGGUUCAGGGGCGAAUGGGUUAAGAAGGACAAAUAAUUUCCUUGUCUUUCAAGUAAUUAAAAUGACUUGAAGGGGCUGUGUCACACAGUCCAGUUCAUUUGUUUAAUUUUGCCAAUUGCUUGCCCGCAAUCGCUAAAUGGGACUUAAUGUAAGCAAAGAAAUUACAUGUAAAUGACAAAAUCAGAGAUUUGAGACAAGCAAAUAUGUCUCUUGAUCGUUAUUUUUGAAGUUGCAAACAGCAGAGAUCAACUUUGAAAAACUGUUAGGCUGAACAGUUUUCAAAAACCCUAAUUUCAAUCUGUUUCAAUCUUCUUCAGUUUUGUCCAUCCGUGGAAUCUGUUGUGUCUGUUGUGUUAUUUUAAACUUCCUUUAAUGUUUUAAGUGGUUAUUUUUAUGUUUCUCUCAAUCUAACGGGCAUUUUGUAAUUACCUAAUUUGGCUGAAUUUCGUGACACAGCUCCUUUAACAGAAAACUGAAUGAAGACUUUGCAGCGUGCAAAGAAAGUUGUGUCCGAUAGCCCGGGGCUAGUGGGUUUUUCUAUCGGGCUAGUGAUUUUUGUUCUUAACUUGCCCAACGGGCAAGUGGUUUUUUUGGGGGGAAAUUCAAAUUACAGAAGGUUUGUAAUCAAACCUGCUAAUCAAGAAGGGUUUUGGGGCUAGUUGAAAUGACUUGUGGGCUAGUACAUGCCAGCUACAGCUUGCCCGAAUGGCAGGCUGUAAAACUGAGUUUCUUUGCACCCUGCUUUGUAUGAAGAGAAGUGUAGCAGAUUGUCCCUGUUUGGGUCUUACAAUGCAGGUUAAAGGUUUGUUAAUAGUGGAAGGAAUUUUAUCCAGCUAGUUUACAAGUACUCCACUCAAAUACUGAUUUGAAAAAGAUAAUCCAAAUAGAUAAUCCCAAACUUGCAGGAGGCAGCCAGUUGGCAAAUUACAAGGGUAGCCAGGUUUUGAACUCAGGACAACUGAGAACAAAUCCAGCAAGUGACCAGAGCAUGACUCAAACAAAGGACUGCUGGAUUGCGGGUCUGACUCGCUGACCACUCAGCCACGCUGCCUCCUUUCUCAGAGAUCUUGAUACAAAAAUUUCAAACUAACCAUAACUGGUUGAAAAUCCUAAGUAGGAGAGGAAUCGGGACAAGGGACAGGCAGUGGAUAAGGAAGCUUAAGUAGUUGAACUCAGGGUUAGCACUUAGAACAAAUCCAACUGAGGUGACCAGAGUGAGAUUUGUACCCAUAGAGUCCUUAUUGAGAACUGUACCAUAAAACACUGGCUUAUGCUACUGUGGCCAAACACUUUCUUGUUUAAGGUGUUGAACUGAUUCAUGUUUCACUGUUUUAUUUGAGACCUAUGCUGAAAUGGAUCCUACAACAGCUGCUUUGGAGAAAGAACAUGAAGCUGUAUGUAUUUUAUAUACCCACUCAUUUAUUUACAUUUGAUUUUGUAUGAUUUGUUUGGUUGGUUGUUUGUUUACAUACUAUACAGGUUGUAAAUGGCAUGUGGCAAGCACUUUCACAACAAUUAUAAGUUUCCAAGCUACAGGCCACGAUAUACUGUAAAUGAAAUUAUUGUUGUCACUCAGAAAGAUCUCUACUCACGUUAAUUUUGGUGAGUGGGCAAGUAGAAGAAUACAAAUCCUGCUUUCUUGAACAGUAACCUAGUGUGGUUGCUUGUGAAAAAUUUUGCUCUUGAAGGGGGUAAAUUUAUUAUUUCUGAAUACCCAAUGUUUAUUAAGGUGUCGCUCAGAGAAAAUGAUGUAUUUCUACAAAUUGUAUUAACAAAGUAGUGAAAGUUUGAUUUUGAAAAGCAAUACAUGUUGUAUAGUUGCAUGACGUUGUCAAUGUAAUCUCGCUGUGUUUGUUUCCUCUUUCUUAAGAUUACUAAAAUCAAGUUUGUGGACAAAAUUCAGUUUGGAAAAUAUGAGAUAGAUGCCUGGUAUUUUUCACCUUUUCCUGAGGAGUAUGGAAAACAAGCAAAGCUGUGGAUUUGUGAAUACUGUAUCAAAUACAUGAAGUUUGAGAAAACGUACAAAGAUCACUUGGUAUGCUUCAUGACAGAUUAUGUUGUUUUAUAAGUAUCGCUUUUAUUGUACUUAUGUUUGGUAUGUUAACUUGUUGCAGUUAUGUCCAGUUAUUAAGCCAGAUUAAUGUUCUUGUUGCAAAACUUUGGGAGAUUGCUAACCCCCCUCUCCCGCCCCCCCUCGACCAUUUUGUUGAAGGAUUGAAAUGUGCUGAACACAAGUAGCAUUUUUACAACAAGACAAGUGGACUUCUGCUACAUGCAUGUUUGCAAAGAGCGGUUCUGACUGACUAGAAGCAUUUUUUACCUCAUCUAAAAUAUCACAAACUGUCCCACUACACAGGUCAGGUGAGGUCAGUAAUAAUAAAAGAAAGUGUAAACUGACUGACUGACUCACUGAUUUAUUCAUGGUUAUUUUGAAGUUUUCAUUUGCUGUUUCAUCUUCACUGCAGUUCUUCACAUCAUUAAGUGCUAAGCCCCAUGACAGCUGUGGUAUGGGUUAAGAUAUCCAUUGCAUUUUGUUAGGUGUCUUAAACAUGACGCUUGUGCCUAAUGUUCACACACAUGCGUCCAAAACUACGAGGUUUUAUCACUGAACACCUUUAAUAAUAAUUAUUUUGUAGGGAAAGUGUACAAUGCGGCAGCCACCUGGAAAGGAAAUUUAUAGGAAAGGAACAGUUUCAGUUUAUGAAGUGGAUGGAAAAGAACAUAAGGUACCAUAAUAGCAACAUAAAUGAAUAUAAAAGUAAAUAAUCUCUCAAAUAAUCUCUCAAUAAUCUCUCUAACCUCUAAAUAAUCUCUCUCCCUCGACAGUAUUUGCACAGUGUGGCUGAGCAAAUCACUGACACAAAUACAUCAUCUAAAACAUAACAGGGUCCACAAUCUCAACCUGUAGGCAGAGGCAGUUCAACUGACUAUUUGAUAUUAUGCAAGGCUCUCCUGGCUGUGCUCUAAGAAAAAUUGAAGGGAGCCAGGUGCUUUGACUCUGUAAAGGCCAGGGUGCCCGGCCAGCAUAUGAUUUCUAUGAAAAAAAGAAACUUAGAUUGUCUAUUUGCCCAGGAACAACAGUCAGGCAACAGGGGCAACUGGGCACUGCUAGAGCACAUCCUUGGUAUGUGAACAUUUUAACAACCCUCCAAGAUAAAGUUUUUGCUUGGUCGCCAUUUGGCAACCUACUCUUUUGGUUUAGGGAGACCUUUUGACAAAUCAAGUCGCCAACUCCAAAAUUUUAGGCGCAAUGGCGACCAAAAUCAUCCUAACUUGGAGGGUUGUUUAAUAGAAAAUACAUGUACUGCAAUUCUGAGUAGCCUCUUCAUUGUUUCAGAUAAAACUUUACCAUUUUCAUAUCAUUCAUCUUGCCUUUUUUUAUAUAAAGGGAUUAAUAGUUAUGUUGUCAUAAUAUAAUUAUACAGAGUGCUUUUACCAGUUAUUUGCUAUGAAAAAUCUUAUAAUAUUAGUUCGUAUGACAUUGUAUCCUAGAAAAAUACAAUGUAGAAAGACUGCUUGCAGGCUAACAGAAUAUGUGGUUCUCUUUGAAAGUAAUAUUUUCUUAAAUUUGGACUGUGAUAGAAAGUUUUAACAUCUGAAAGGUCAUUGCAUUUCAGUAUGUAACUUACAUUGUAAACAUUUGCAAAAAUGAAGCAUGAAAAAAUUCAGGCUUGAAAGGUAUGUGAAGUAAAACCCAUGUGACCUCUUCAAUACCGGUGGAGCACUACACAGUGAUCUUUCAUGUACCUGUUACAUGCUUCACUUUGUUGUUCACCAUUGUCGUUAAGUUGUCUUUAUCUUUUUUAAGUUAAGUCUGUGUGAUCUUCUGAUUCUCUUCACAGUUAUAUUGUCAGAAUAUCUGUCUUUUGGCAAAGUUGUUCCUAGACCACAAGACUUUGUACUUCGAUGUGGAACCUUUCUUGUUCUACUUAUUAACAGAAGUUGACAGGGAAGGAGCACAUCUUGUUGGAUAUUUCUCCAAGGUAUGUUCAAUUAUUAAAAAUUAUGUAAUACCCUGAACUAAACUUUGAUAAAUCACUAGUUAUUUUGUACUUCUGGGAUGAUGUUGUACACUAAUGUCUUAGUGAAGGUUGUUGCUGACCUUUUUUUUUGGUAGGAGAAAGAGUCACCAGAUGGAAAUAAUGUAGCAUGCAUCCUGACAUUACCACCAUACCAGAGAAAGGGAUAUGGCAAAUUCUUGAUUGCCUUCAGUGAGUAAACGGUCUUACCUUAACUUACAGACAAACUAUUUUGGAACUGUCAAAAUAUUCCUAGGAUGCAUGCAUAGUAGCUACUUACAUGUAUCUCAGAGGCAUUUUCCAUUGUAUGAAGAGUGAUGUUGCCCAAAGAAUGGAAAAAAGGGGUUUUACCAUUGUGGGGUUCAAAGCCUUAACUCACACACACCCCUCUUUUACUUACUGUCAAAUUUUUAAGUGAAGCAUCCCCAGUACAAGUUGCUAAGGAGGUGCCCCACACAAGCAUGUGUACGUGUUCCCAGCUUGAUGAAACUGAUGUUUGCCAUUUGACGUAAACGUGACUCAAAAACUCUCUAUUUUCAUUUCUUCUUUGAUGGACUAUUAAGUAAGAGACAGUUUCUCCCUGUGGACCUCCUUCUUGGAAUACUUGUUUUCUUAGGGCACUUUCUGAAAGUCAGAACUGAUCGGACCGGUCAUUUUGAAAAUUAAAUAGCCUUUUUGCAAGAGUUUGUGAUGAAAAACUAUUUCCUUCGUGCAUUCUAUUAAGGAUUUGACUGAUCUGAUUAGAUAGCUGACUAUAGUGAAAUUCUCAUUACAGCAGGAAUGGCCUGGCUGGUCAGUUCUGACAAAUACAAGGUGCUCUUAGUUUCAAAUUGAGUUGUUCUAAAUGCAUCUAGUUCUUGUCUCUGUAAUGCAGUCAUUUCUGUAACAAACCCUUGGUUUGACUCUGGCCAUCCAUUUGAUACCUGAUUAAAAGGUUCUGCCAUACUGCAUUUGUGCUGGACUGGACAUGGCCUUGCACUGUUAACAAGUUUCACCACUGAUGAUAAGACCUUAUUUGCAGGUUAUGAACUUUCCAAGAUAGAACAGAUGGUUGGAUCACCAGAAAAGCCCCUGUCAGACUUGGGUAAACUUAGUUACAGAAGUUACUGGUCAUGGAUUCUACUGGACAUUCUUCGCAACUUCAGAGGAACGCUGUCAAUUAAAGAUCUAAGGUUGGUGGAGUUCUGCGUUUGAAGCAAGUGUUGCUUGUUAAACCUCAUAAGCAACACAAUUUUCACAUAAGAAUAAAAUGAUUUUAUAUUUCACUAAUUUACUAAAUCUGUACAUAAUCUGUGCAAUGUGAUAUUAUUUUUUAUGAAUACAGUAAGAUUGCUUGGUCCACAUUCCAACCCAUUCUUUGUUGUUUCAAGAUCUUUGAAUUUACUGGCAAUUUAGCGGCAAUUUUUUCACUUUUUAACUGUUUUCUCUCUCUAAAGUCAAUGUACACCACACUUCACCGUGGUUUAUCUCUUUUACAUUGUUUGCGUGUAUUUGAGGUGAGAAAACGAAAUUGGCGAUUAUAUUUGUGCCCCUCCUUUACCCUAAUUUUUUAAGUCUACAAUCUGUGAAAGAAAGAUUCCACUCUGAAAAGGAAUUUUUAUUGUCCCCAUGAUGGUGAUCAGAAUGCAGAGGAAACGAAUUAUUUACCUUCUUUUACAGUAACAUGACAAGCAUAACACAGGAGGAUAUCAUCAACACGCUACAAUCACUUAACAUGGUAAAGUACUGGAAAGGCCAACACGUGAUAUGUGUCACACCUAAACUUGUCGAGGAGCAUGUCAAGAGUGCGCAUUACCGGAAGCCAGUACUUUCAGUGGACACUUCCUGCCUGAGGUGGGCGCCACCAGGAAAGAAAAUCAAGAAAGUGAAGCAUUGAUGCUGCUACUGCUGAAGUUCUGGGAUGUUUGUGACAUAACAGGUCGCGGGAUUAGUGAUGGAUGCCUACAUCUGGAACAUGUUAUGGUGGCUGGUUGUUCAGCAAGAUACAGAAUGCUGCAUAAAAUGAACAUAUAUGUGUAGCUUCAGUGAGUUUAAAGAAGCAGUGAGAUGCAUAGUUCUAAUUUGAACUGCAUGGUGUCAGGCCACUUGGAUGAAGAACUCUGGAACAAACGGAUUAGAUGUCUUUGCUGAUGCACUGAGAGAACUAAGCUUAAAGCAUCUCCGUCCCGGUUGAUGUACAUGCUCUUAAUGAUUUUAUCGUGUCACUGAUUUAGCCUCCAUGAUGGAUGCUACUUGUCCUCAGUAAUGUUGGGAGCAUGCGUCAACCCCUCCAUGCCUAAGAAACCUGCCAAACAUCAAAACUCAAGAAACACUCACCAGUUGAAUGGCCAUGGUAACUUCAGACUUACUUAAAAACAUUCAUAGUCCUCAUAAUCGACUCUGGCAGGGAAAUGGCUAGUAUCGCUUCCUUGCCAUAAAAUGGGAUUAAGAAGGAGAAGAAAGUAGAGAAAGCAAAUAAUUUAUAAUAAACUAAAGGUAAUCAACAGUACCUCUCUAAAACGAGGAAUGGGAACGAGAACUAGAACGAGCCAAUGCGAAGGAAAAUGAAAAAUGGGAAAAAACCUCAAACUUUAGCCCGAUCAGUAAGUUCACUAGCUAUUCUUUGUUUUGUUCCCAAUUUUCAUUUCCCCGUUUUUCAUUUUAGUAACUUCCCCGUGUACGUUUUUAUAUAGUUUCGC